GAAAAAAAGGCUCACCAGUCUGAUCUAUAGUCGAGUCAACUUUUACGACGACGGCACAUGCGUCAUUGGACAGACCCGAUUCGUCUUGAUACCCCUUAUCGCUUUUGAUGUUUUUAUCAACAUCUAUCUCACCAUUUUGUUUUUGAUUCCGCUGCUGAAAUUAUAUUCGGUUCACCUCAAAGUCAGGAGGCCAUACACGCUCGUCCUCCACUCGGCCAAGAUGGCAUACACCACCCCCAACCUUCGCCUGCGAAGAUUGGCAUUCAGGACGUUUGUAGGCACCUGCUGCACCCUCGCCAGCAGCGUCACAAACAUGACCGUGCUGAUGGUCCUGAACGGAGAGUCCUCGUGGCUGUGCUUCAUCGCCUGCAAUAGUGACGUCCUAUUCUCCGCCCUGGUCAUCCAAUGGGUGACGGCAUCCGACCACUCGGGCUCCAAGAACCGGGAAUGCCUACCCAAGAUGCCGCCGGCCACGUCUGCAGCCACGGCGGUGUCGUCCGAGACGACGGGCCGACAAUCGGGCGGCAAGUGCGAGGACCUGCAGGGGGUGUCGUCUCUGGUGCUGGGCGACAUUCAAGAUUCCAGACCGAGGCUCAGGAGGAGGUAUUCCGUGCCUUGAUGUGGUGACAGGAAAAGGGAAAGAUGCUAACUAUUGUACUAUAUUACCUGUAUUCGUAUGUCCUUUUUUCUUUGUACAUGUUUGUGGGAAAAUGAUGGCGAAAGGGAGAAACGAAAAAAAAAAAAAAAAAAAAGACAAAAGCAGAGAGACAGAGAAACUGCACUGGCUAGCGUAGGGGGGGUAAACAGCACGCCCUGUUGUUACCGCGUCAUGACUCAUGAGCCGCUACAGCUGAAUCCACCAUGUACUGUACAUGUGUACAUCCCCCGCUGAAACUGAGCAGAACUGCCUGCCCAACAAGAACAAUCAACAUGUUCAUGUU